CAAACGAGGAUUCAGCGUCCGAUCCUUUGGAACAGGGACUCAUGUGAAACUGCCAGGACCAGCACCGGACAAGCCGAACGUUUAUGAUUUCAAAACAACAUAUGAUCAGAUGUACAAUGAUCUGCUUAGGAAAGACAAAGAACUAUAUACACAGAAUGGGAUUUUACACAUGUUGGACAGAAAUAAGAGAAUCAAGCCACGACCAGAAAGAUUCCAGAACUGCAAAGAUGUCUUUGAUUUGAUCCUAACGUGUGAAGAAAGAGUCUAUGAUCAAGUAGUAGAAGAUUUAAAUUCCAGAGAGCAGGAGACGUGUCAGCCAGUACAUGUGAUCAAUGUGGACAUUCAGGAUAACCACGAGGAGGCAACCCUGGGUGCUUUCCUUAUCUGUGAGCUCUGCCAGUGUAUACAGCACACAGAAGACAUGGAAAAUGAAAUAGAUGAGCUGUUACAGGAAUUUGAAGAGAAAAGUGGAAGGACUUUUCUUCAUACUGUCUGCUUUUAUUAAAGCACAUCUGUCUCCUUGGCCUUAACACAGAUGAGGGAAGCAUGUGUUUAAAGUUCUGAUUAUACUGUAUUUUCCUGGAAAAAUGAAUAUUGAUUUUUUUUUUGUUGUUGUUGUUUAAAAACUCCUUUUCAGUGUCUUUUUUUUUGUUUGUUUCAGGUAUUCUGUCACAGGUAGGCAGAGAUACUGGUUGGGGUUGUACAUAUGAGAUGAUUAAAAGUAUACACAAAGGCCACCUAUUUAAAGAUGAAAAUCAAGAUUUCCUUUAAAUCCUACUUUAAUUAUUACAAGUAGGUUUUAAUUAUAAAGAGAAUGUUUCUUGAAUAUAAGUUUAUAAUGUAUUUUUUCCAGCUUACAAAUUUAUUUUAUUUCAGUUGUGGUUUUUUUUUUUUAUGUUAAUGUGACAGAAUGGCUGAACCUAUGUGAGGAUGUGAAUGGAACAAUGCAAAAUGAGUAUCUGUAUAUUAUUAAAGUUGGAAGCAUCCAAUAAAA